CCGGCCCUCUGUCUAAAACACGCAGACUCACCUCGCUGUGUGCAACACUCCGGUUCUCCACCUCUGGUUGAACCGUGAGGUUCCACCUCCGUGGCGGUGUGAGGUUUCUCAGAAAAAGGGGGGGUGCGGUUCAUUAUUUCAACGGCAGAUGGCGAUGGUGACUGAAGACGAACUGUAGUGGAAAUGCAGAUUAUUUAGUUCACUAGGAAAAAAACAAGUGUGCUUUGGAGAAAAGGGGAAAAAACAGACGUUAAAAAUAUAAAUGUACAAAUCAAACAUGGAGUACUGUCUACAGAAAGCAUUCCUCCACACUGUAGCACAUCCCAGUCAGCAGGGGGCGCUACUCCUCCUUUUCUUUUCUUUUCUUUUGCCUUUUAGCGUUAGCCGAUGUCUCUUUGCCCCUGCGAGGUGAAGGGUCACACAGCGGCGGCCAAGAUGACAACAUUGCGACCGUUUACCUGCGACGAUUUGUUUAAAUUCAACAACAUCAACCUGGAUCCUUUGACAGAAACUUAUGGGAUCCCCUUUUACCUCCAGUACCUGGCUCACUGGCCGGAGUACUUCAUCGUUGCAGAGGCUCCUGGUGGUGAACUGAUGGGCUACAUCAUGGGCAAGGCGGAGGGAUCCGUGGCGCGCGAGGAGUGGCACGGACACGUCACGGCUCUGUCGGUUGCCCCAGAGUUCAGGCGACUCGGUCUGGCGGCCAAGCUCAUGGAGAUGCUGGAGGAGAUCUCGGAGAGGAAAGGUGGAUUCUUUGUGGAUCUCUUCGUGCGAGUCUCCAACCAAGUGGCGGUGAACAUGUACAAGCGUCUGGGCUACAGCGUCUACAGGACGGUGAUAGAAUAUUACUCAGCUAGCAACGGAGAACCUGACGAAGACGCUUACGAUAUGAGGAAAGCUCUCUCCAGAGACACGGAGAAGAAGUCGAUCAUCCCGCUGCCACAUCCUGUCAGACCAGAAGACAUCGAAUAACAGUGGACUGUGGCUCUCUGACUGAUAAUCAGAUGUGAGAUAUGUAAUAAUUACAGGACCUGCUCAGUUACAUUGUACAUAGUUAAACUGUCACAGAUGCUGCUUUCCCGAUUCUCAAAGUCAGAGAGCCGCUGCUUGUACAAAUUUAGAUUUUCUAAAUCAAUAAAUAAAUUCCCCAUUCA